CACUGCAGUAUGACAGGAGCAGCAGCGAGUACUGGUACACUAUAUACACGUUGGUCAAGACUGCUACCUCUUUGGCUUGUUCUUUAAGUGUUCUACAUAGAAGAGGAAAAAGUCAUAGUUUGAAGAUAGUGUUCGUUAUGGCCUUGCUGGGAAUUCAAGUGAUUCUCCAGCAUUCUUAAGUGAAGAUCUUCAGUUGAACAUUGUGUUUCCCAACGAAACAGGGGCUUCUCACGCCACACUUUAUAGACAUGUCUCAAGAGCAGCACUUCUCGUCCUUGCUCUCACAGCGCGGUGCCCGGACGGCGGCUUGCAGGGACUUUCUUUAUGACAAGAUGGUGCAAGUCUUCAGCAACAUGUACCAUCCCGAAAAUAAUCCAAAGGGAAUAGUGAACCUCGGAACAGCCGUCAACUCCCUGAUGGAGGAGGAAGUUUGUCAGAGACUCAACAGAGGGGACGCGUUCCGGGUGAUGGCUCACCACCUUCAUUACGCCAACUUCUCGGGCAUCGAUGAGCUGAAGGAGGCUGUGGCUGAUUUUCUAAACAGACAUUUCAAGCCUCUCGAGCCAAUCACACCAGCGAAGAUAUCCACCAUGUGUGGGGCGACGGGGUGUCUGGAUGGCCUGGCCCACGUCCUCUGUGAUUCCGAGGAUGUCGUCCUCACACCCACGCCUGUUUACAGCCGCAUCCAAACGGACUUUCUUGAUGUUGCCAACGUUAAGGUGGAGCCGCUGGAACUGUUGGAUGAGGAAGAUUUUGAGGACAGAACGUUCAGUUUACAGCCCGAGGCCGUGGAGAGACACGUCAAGGAACUGAGGGCACAGGGUCGUCGGGUUCGUGCAUUUGUCCUUGUCAAUCCUCAGAACCCUCUUGGGGAGGUGUACAGUCCCGCCCUCCUCACGCAGCUGCUGAACGUGUGUGCUAGGAAUGAUAUCCACUUCAUUGUAGACGAAAUUUAUGGCCUCUCUGUACAUGAUGAAAAUACCGAAUUCCGAAGCGUUCUUAGCCUGAACCUGCCGGACCCCAAGCGCACCCAUGUGAUCUGGGCCAUGAGCAAGGAUUUUGGACUGGCCGGGCUGCGGGUGGGUGUGAUCCUGUCGCAAUGCCCAGGUGUCCACGAGUUCUUCCACAACGCUUGUCUCUUCCGUACUAUUCCGUGGAUCGUUCAGCAUGCAGGCGCCACGCUACUCAAGGACACAGUUUGGUGUGAUGAAUUUUAUCUGCCCACCUACCGGAGACGCCUGGCCCACAACUACCACAUGGCCUGUGACCGACUGGAAGCGAUGGGCACCCGUGUCCGGCGUGGCUCGGCUGGACUCUUCAUCUGGUUCAGCGUCAAGUCGUUCCUCUGUCCAGUAACCAUGGAAGAGGAGGGUGUCCUUCUGCAGGAAAUACUGGACGGCGGACUGUACAUCGUGCAGGGGAAGGUUCUCUACUGCACCUCGCCGGGAUGGAUGCGUCUUGUGUUCACCGUCACCGAGAAGGAACUUGACGAAGGACUCGAUCGUCUGAGGGCAGUGCUGGCGGCCCGGAAGUUGAGGUUGGCCAUGAAGGAACCGUAGUCAACUGCCUUCAAUACACUGAGAUUCCUUCCUAGCAGAAAAUAGAGGACCUUUGCUGCAGCGUAUGUGUGUGUGUGUGUGUGUGUGUGUGUGUGUGUGUGUGUGUGUGUGUGUGUGUGUGUUUGUGUGCGUGUACGUGC